CACAAACGUGAUCUGCAGAGCGGCAUUAUCUGGAACAAAAAGGGCGGGAACCAAGCAGAAGCUAACGAUAGAAACUGGAAAUACAAGCAGACCAGCAUAGAGGAAAACACACAAACGCAUUCUAGUGUAUUGACCUUUUUUCUUUCUCGCAAUCCAGCCGACGACACCAGCAGCCAGAGCAACAAUGGUUCAGAAUCCUGGUGAGGCUGCCGCUUCUGCAACGACGUCUCCAACCACCGCCACGACGGGGACCGGGACUGGUGCAGCUGCACACUCGAACAGCACGCAAAACCAUACGACGACGAGCUCGUCCGGCAGCAAAAACAGAAACAUCAUAGCCUCUCACUACCAGAUAGCCCAGAAAAUAGGCGAAGGCUCGUUUGGGAUCAUAUUCAAAGGGUUCGACUUGCUACGGUCGAACCAACCGGUCGCCAUCAAGUUCGAGUCUCGGAAAAGCGACGCUCCGCAACUCAAAGACGAAUUCAGAGCCUACAAGGUUCUGAACAGCGCAGUCAACAAUUACUACAAAAAUUACGAAAGAGAGCGUUAUAGAUACUUGUCGGUGCAGGGGAUUCCAAAGGUGUACUAUUUCGGGCAAGAAGGGUACUACAAUAUUUUGAUAAUACAGCUAUUGGGGCCUUCGCUCGAAGACUUGUUCGAAUGGUGUGGCAGAAAAUUUUCAAUCACUACGGUGGCAAGGCUAGCCAUUCAAAUGGUUGAGCGCAUCCAGUUUUUGCACGAAAACAACUUGAUUUACAGAGAUAUCAAACCUGACAAUUUCUUGAUUGGCGCAACCACGGCAGAUAAUACCAUCUAUAUGGUGGAUUACGGUAUGGUAAAACAAUACAGAGACCCUGUAACGCAUGUUCAUAUUCCAUACAGGGAGAGAAAGUCGUUGUCCGGUACAGCUAGAUAUAUGUCGAUAAACACACAUUUGGGACGUGAACAAUCACGUAGAGAUGAUCUGGAAUCACUUGGAAAUGUUUUCGUUUAUUUCCUGAAAGGUCAGUUGCCUUGGCAAGGUCUGAAGGCUCCGACAAACAAGCUCAAAUACGAGAAAAUUGGAGAACGAAAACAGAAGAUACCAAUUUCCGAACUGUGCAGUGGGUUACCGGUCCAGGUGGCAGAAUAUAUACGGCAAGUUAGAGCUCUCAAAUUUGAAGAAGAUCCAGACUAUUUGGGUUACAUCAACCUUUUCCGAUCAAUUCUAGAAAGCUUUGAGGGAACCAAGGAAUACGCCGAAUCUCACGCUACACUCUCACAUAAUUCGUCAAGCUCGCAAACGCCCGCCCAACCCCUUCAACUAUAUGACCAAAAUCAGCAACAGCAACAACAGCAACAUCAACAUUCGGUCGGCUCUUUAACUGAUUCAAUUCCAGACAGCAAGUUUUCGGAUGCCAGUUUAUGUGAGUACGAUUGGAUGAAGUUGAAUGAUGGUGCUGGAUGGAGCUGGGGUA